AUGAGUGACAAAAUCAACAGAGAAUACUUUGCGCCAGGAGCUGCAGCCUUCAACUAUAAUGCGUCCAAACCACUUCCUGAUUUAACAAGAAACAAAUACAAACCAUAUCUUUACCAUCUACCAUGCAAGUUAAUUCUAACCAAGAAAUACAGACUACUACCAAAAUCAAGCAAAAGUCCCUUUUACAACGAAGACCAGAAAAUUACCUAUUUUGUUGAUUAG